CGGAGGUCGCCAGCCACUGUGACGGAGCACCGUGUUUUGGCCUGCUUGUCUUCUACCACAAACCAGCAAGGUCUGGAGCCAACUCUCGUGCUCUCCGUCGUGCGUCGCGCUGGUCAACAUGGUUUCUGCGGAUAACUUGAAUCUGGACUGUCUCGAGCUUAUAUUUGCAUAUCUGUAUGGCAACGACUUGGUCUCUGUCUCGCUCGUCAGUCGGUCGUUUUUGGCGGGAGUCAUCUCAAGACUCUACCGUAGCUUGAUAUUCAAGUUAAACCAAGCAAAACGAUAUCCUGCUAUCCUGUCACCGUUUGCCUCUGUGCUCCGCCACCCUCACCUAGCCACCCAUGUACGGCACAUCGACAUACGGGCGGUGCCCAGCAAUAAGUCCGUUGUGCACCCAGAGUUCAUGCGCGACUGCGCUCGCACCAUCGACCUCUGCGACAAUAUCGUCUCCUUCACAUGCACACCUAGCGUCCUAGCGUCCUUCCUCCUCAGUCUCCAGAAGAAGCUCUCGCUGCAGCAUAUACGCGUCAAUGCUAACCUGACGUACGAACAAUCGCAGCUUUUCGCCAAAAUAUCAGGCCUCAGGAGCAUCGCUUUGGACACCGGCUCGCCGUAUGUGGUAGACGUCUUACCAAAAUGGAUAGCCUCGGUGAAGACUACAUUGAUGAACCUAACAUUAUUUUCCAUCCAAGAGUUGAACGACUGCAUCCUGGAAAGCGUACUCAUCGACCUUCCACAUUUGACUGGAUUGCACGUCAUUAACUGCACCAAGAUCGACCACAAUACAGUCCUGCGCCUUACCUCACAUACACCAGAUCUGCGGAGUCUCUCCUUUACGAGCUGGGACUCUCCUCGGGCUGCGGGUUCCAUCAUAAAUGGCAUCAUCACCCCUCUCCGCCGCCUUCGCCACCUCACGAUUGAUAGCCAUCAUUCCCUCUCCCCGACCAACACGCCCGGUCUCUGGACGUCUUUCAUCCAGAAAACACGCAUGUGGUCAGCCCCUCUGCGUUCCAUCACACUCAGGCUCACCGAGAAACUGGUCAUCGCGGACGGUUUCAUUGAUGAGCUCCUGAACGCGCACGACGCCACGCUUACGCACGUAGCCCUGCUGAACUGCUCGCUGAGCCUGGAGAGCGUCCGCAAGAUCUGCAGGCGCUGCGCGGAGCUCGAGCGGUUCGCAGUGAGCAUCCCCAUCAGGGACAUCUACUCAUUCGCCGAGGCGCUCUCGCGGUCGACGAGUCUCCAUACGCUCAGCGACGUCAGCGACACGCAUUCUUCGCAUGGCACACGGGUUGCCGUGUCUAAGCCGGACAUACGCACCAUCAUGGGGAUCGUGCCCAACCUCCGCAGGGUCAUCACGGACGAGCGUGUGUGGACGGCUGAGAAGCGCAGAGACGGUGGGUUCCGGCUGGAGCUGAAGCGGAAGACGUCUCCGCCUACGCACUGGUUCAUGCCCCCGUCAAAGUCGUACCAGUAUUGAUCUCUUGUACGCCGUCUCCCGACGACCACGCGGUCAAUGACGAUGUUUGCUACGUGCGGGUUCACGCUGCCUCCGGUGUCGGCGGGAACCUGGAGUGUCUCAGAUGCGAGCUCGGCAGCAGUGUCAAGUGGAUGGCCUCAAGAUGGCCUAGUUAGGCUAGUACAAUAAACGUACGUGCUGUGUUGCGGGCAGCAUUGAGAAUUAGCGUAAGGGUCGGAUCACCGAAGGUAAGCUAGG